AUGGCACCAAAGUUGGCUGGCUGGCUUGCAGCCGUUUCGGCGAUAUUGGUAAAUACUCUGACCUUUGCCGACGAACAGAGCUUCAAACCAGUCUUUGCUCAUUUCAUGGUUGGAAUCGUCGAGAAUUUCACUGUUCAAGACUGGGUAAACGAGAUCCAGCAAGCCCAAGCUAUUGGUAUUGAUGGUUUCGCUCUGAACUGUGCUCCUCCUUGGGUGGAUAGCUAUACGCCAAAGCAGCUGGAUAAUGCAUAUACAGCGGCCCAGCAGCUCAAUUUCAAGAUGUUCAUUUCCUUUGACUUUGCGUAUUGGUCCAAUGGCGACACUGGAAAUAUCACGAGCUUUGUCGGGAAAUACGCUGCUCAUCCAGCUCAAGCAAUAUUCAACGGAGGCGCUCUCGUGAGCACCUUUGUGGGCGAUUCCUUUAAUUGGAAUGCCGUAAAGAGCGCUUUGGGCAGCCAGAAGCUGACGGUGAUUCCUAAUAUGCAGGACCCUGCUUCAGUUGGAAGCGUAAGCUCCCAAUAUGGCAUUGACGGGGCCUUUUCGUGGUAUGCUUGGCCUACAGAUGGCGGAAACAGCGUAAUUGACGGGCCAAUGACGACUGUGUGGGACUUGAGAUACAUACAAGGCCUUAAUGGUCGACCCUACAUGGCACCCGUUUCGCCAUGGUUUUCAACUCAUUUCAAUACGAAGAAUUGGGUAUUCAUAUGUGAAGAGCAGCCAGUCCGUCGAUGGCAACAGAUUCUUGACAUGAAUCCCGCUCUCGUUGAAAUCAUAACGUGGAAUGACUUUGGCGAAAGCCACUAUAUUUCUGCUCUAUACAGCGGCUCAGAGCCCAAUCAUAGCGAUGAUGGGUCCUCCCAAUGGGCCAAAGGGUUCCCUCAUGACGCCUGGCGCGAUAUUUACAAGCCAUACAUUGCUGCGUACAAAGCUGGUGCGUCUUCUCCAACAGUGAGCGCGGAUGAAAUUGUCUACUGGUACCGUACGACUCCGCACGGCACCCAAUGUAGCAACGACUCAUUGGGCAUUCCUCGAGGAGCCGAGUUGAUGCAUGAUCUUGUUUUUGUCAGCACUUUGCUCACACAACCUGCGCAACUGACUGUCACAAGUGGAAAUGCGGCACCCAUCACCGUCAAUGCUGAUGCCGGAAUACACGUUUUCAACUUCACCAUGGGCGUUGGAAAACAGUCGUUCUCCGUCUCUCGCGGCGGCAAACAGAUCCUCGGCGGCCAGAGCGCCAAGGAUAUCACCAACUCGUGUCAGACCUACAACUUCAACGCCUAUGUGGGCAAGUUCUAG